CCUCCUUCGUUUCCUCGCCCCGCGGCCAUGCCCUGCUCCGAAGCAGCCACCCCCGCCUCACCUCCCGGCAAGAGGCUGAAGGGCUCCGGCCCCGAGGAGCCCGCCUUGACCCUCCGCUUCACCAAGCUCUCCGAGAACGCCGUCGCGCCUUCCAGGGGCUCCUCCCGGGCGGCCGGUUACGAUUUGUACAGUGCCUAUGACUGUGAGAUCCCUCCUUUGGGAAAGAGUGUAGUAAAAACAGAUAUUCAGAUCUCUCUUCCUUCUGGAUGCUACGGUAGAGUAGCUCCACGGUCUGGAUUAGCUGCAAAUCACUUCAUAGAUGUUGGUGCUGGGGUUAUUGAUGAGGAUUACCGAGGAAAUGUUGGUGUAGUACUGUUCAAUUUUGGAAAAGAAACUUUUAAAGUUAAAAGAGGGGACAGGAUUGCCCAGCUGAUCUGUGAACGCAUCUACUAUCCUGAACUUGAAGAAGUCCAGGUUUUGGAUGACACAGAACGUGGCUCAGGAGGCUUUGGAUCCACUGGCCAGAACUGAGGAGAGCUGUUACAAAUCAUGAAUGACUUACUGUAUUUUGUAUAAAGCAUUUUUGUACAAAUAAAUCUUUUUCAAAAAAAAAA